AUGGCAAUAGCAUUCAAAAGAUCAUCGUUAUCCUAAAAAGAAUAAGAAGCAAAAAACAGAUUUUAUGGAUUACCGCCAUAAUAAUCAUCUCCACCUACAAAGGACAAACCUUAGAAGGAAUAAAAGAGGCCAUCUCAAUCCAAUUAAUAAUAGUUACAAAUUCCAUAGUAAUAAUAAAAGGAUGGAUUCGAGACUGCUUACAAUGCACCAUCUAAUGAAUAAAUAGAUUAAUUCUAUAAAAAUUUGGAGAAUGAUUUUAAAUAAGUAGCUUAAAAGCAAGUAACUAUGGGAAUGCUGGUCAGUUAACAAGAGUUGAUGAAAUAAUAAUAGGAAAUCCUAAUGCGUAAUCAAUAGCAAAUGCAAUAAUUUACGUAGUAAAAUAAUACAAAUAGUAAUAAUAACAAGCAGAAUUCAAACAAUUAAGGUGAGUAACAAAUGAUGAUGAAUCUCCUAACACCAAUAAAUCAAUAAUUACAAGAGAUCAAACAACUAUAUCAACAGACAUAGCAAUCUUAAACAGAAAUUAGAUAACAAUUGCAAUAGUAAAACAGCAACAUUAAUUUUUAAUAAUAUGAUUCACAAAAUAACCAACUCAAAUAACUCUUAGAUACUACUCAACACAAUUUAUAAUUCUUGAGACCAGAGAACUUAUAGACACUAUAAAACUUUACUAACUUUAAUUUAUAGUUAUAUUAGGAUACAAUUAAUAAUUUGUAAAAUUAAAUUUAUGCCUUGUAAAACGAAGCAGCAACAAGUGAACAAGAAUUACAUGUAAAAUACAAAUAAUUAAAUGAUGCACAUAUGGUUAGGAAAAUUUAAAAGGUGUCCUAAUAUGAAGAAGAAACAAUCCAAUAAUUGGAGAAACAAAUUAAUUCUAUCAAUUAUGAAAAAUCUUAACAAUACAUCAACCAAAAGUUAGGAGGAUUCUUUGAUUAUGAGUAAUUCUCUUAAGAUAUAUCCGAUUUAACUGCUGAAGCAUCUAUUGUGUACUCCUCAUUCAUUGACAAGGGAUUAGAUUAUGAAAUGUAUAUUCCAGAAUAUUAAUUUGAUUCUUCAGAUAUUGAGGCCCUCAACAAUAAACCAAGUUCUAUUCUUGAUGAAAUGAAAGCAGCCUUAGGAAUCACUAAUAAACCACCUCCACCUAAACCAAAAUAAGUUUAAUAAGCCCCUGUAGUUUAACCUAUUCAACCUUUAGGAGAAAUGUAAAAAAAGACACUCAAACCUAAUCAUUUAGUUAAUCUACCUACCAAACCAAUUGAACCUCCAAAAGAUAUAAAAUUUGAAAAAUAACAAACUCCUCAGGAUUACAAGCCUAUAUUCAAAGAACCUCCAAAAUAAUAAUAGCAAUCUGGUUAGAAAAGUCAGAAAUAAAAACCUUUCAAUAUGGAGAAAGCAGAAUUCAGAUAAAAACCUAAAUAGGUUGAGGAUGAAUCCAAGAAGUAUGGAGUAAUUGAGUAUUUGCAAAAUGACUAAUCCUUUGAAGAACCAAAAUAUUAGAUUUCUUACAAAAAGAAGGACAAUCAAGAGAUUAACAAUAACUAUGAUAAUAAAACGAGACAAAAAUAAAAUUAAUAAUUAAUAUCUCCAUUAAAAUAACAAGUAGAAGAAGCAGAAAGGAUUCAGGAAAAUAAUGUUUAUAUAAAUAAACCUCAAGACUACAAGGAUGUUUACAAUUAUCAAGAAGUUAAAUACAAUUACUAAGAACAAGUAAAUGAUCCUAAAUUUAUUAAUUACGACGAUUUAAUCUAUGAAGUUCAAUAAACAAACAAUUUUACUUCUUAGGAAUAAAAAAGUGGAGCAUUAUUGGAAAGACUAGGAAUGAAAUAAGAAAAUCCAAAAAAUGAAUUUGAAUUGAUAGAGCUCUUAUCUAGAGACAUUGUUAAGGAUAAAUUAGUUUAACAAAAAUAACUAAAUGUCCAAGCACAAGAUAUGAUCAAUAAGGAUAAGAUCUUAAAGAAUCAAUCUAUUCAAAUCUAGCCGGAUUAACCCAAUUUGUAAGAUCAAAUAGCUAUGGGAGCACAAGCAUUUUUCUAAGGUCUUUUGACUGCUUUCAACUAGACCUUAAAUUAAGUUAAUGAUGGGAUUUCAGGAAAUGCUGCCUAAUAAGCAAGGUAACUGAUUAAGAUCUAGUAACAACUUGAAUCAAGCGAAUACACAGAUACUGAAGAAGAAGAAGCAAGAUAAAAUUAGGAAUACCAUUAAAAACAAGAGAAAUUAUUAGAUAAUCAAAUCUCAGGAUCCAAAUAGAAACCAAACAGACCAGCUCCCUUUUAAAAUACUUAAGUCUUACAAUAGUAUACUUUUGCAUCGACUUUCUCAUAAUAAUAAUAAUAAUAAUAAUAAUAACAAUAAACUCAAUAGCAAUUUCAGCAACCAAAGGAAGGAGGACAAAAAGGUGUGAAUGAUAUGAAAAAUUAUUUGAAUCAAUUCGCUUUAAGUGAUAACUCCCAAGUGUCUCAAAAUAAAAGUGGAACAUCCUAUGCUGGAAGUAUAUUUAGACUAGAUGACUCAUAUGGUCAUAAGAGUGAGGGAUAAGUAUCUAUAAAUGAAGGCAAAGGCAAUAAGGUAAUACAGUAAUUGAAUAUGUAGUAGAGAGGUUAAGUUACUAAAGAUAUCUUCAAAGACCUAAACUAAGAUCUGUCUGAUAGCGAUGUUCCGUAACACAGAUAAAAGUUUUAAUGA